CGAGGUUUACAUCCAUGGAGUCAAGAUCAUUGGUGAACUUCAGUGGACACCAAUAUUUGCGACAACGUCUAGUACUCUCCAUUCUCACCGGAAAGCAUGUUCGAAUUGAUAAAAUACGCUCCGAGGAUAAGGAUCCUGGUUUGAGAGACUACGAAGUCAGCCUCCUGCGGCUUCUCGAAAAAGUCACCAAUGGGUCCGUCAUUGAAAUCUCAGUGACCGGUACCGCUGUACUUCUCAAACCAGGAGUCGUGUCUGGCGGUCCUGUUACUCAUGAUUGUCCAUUGUCACGUUCAAUAGGUUAUUUUUUGGAACCACUGGUCAUGAUCGCGCCCUUCUCAAAGAAGCCGUUUCAGCUGACAUUGCGAGGCAUAACAACGGAUGAUAAUGAUCUUUCUGUUGACCUCAUCCGUACCGUGACACUACCGCAUCUCCAACUUUUCGGUAUCUCUGAUGGGUUGGAGCUUCGGAUAAAGAGACGUGGUGCUCCUCCAGAAGGUGGAGGGGAAGUACAGUUCCUCUGUCCUAUUGUUAAAGAAGUGAAAACUCUGAACUUUGUUGAUCCUGGAAAGAUAAAACGAAUCCGAGGCAUUGCACACUCCGUCCGUGUUAAUCCGCAGUUCUCUAAUCGUAUGAUCGACGCAUCACGUUCGGUUCUCAACCGGUUCAUUCCCGACAUUUACCUGUACUCCGAUGUUUACAAAGGAGAUGAAAGUGGAAAGUCGCCGGGAUAUGCACUCAGCUUACUUGCGGAGUCCACCACGUCUGCUAUACAUUGUUCUGAAGCUGCAUCCUCACCAGGCGAAACCCCUGAAGAUAUAGCUCUGUUGGCAACUAGAGCCCUUUUGUCAGAGAUCAGAAAUGGAGGAUGUGUUGAUAGAAAACACCAGUCUCUAGUCCUGUUGAUGAUGGUUCUAGGUAGUGAAGAUAUUGGUCAAUGCAGAAUGGGAGAGCCCUCCGUUAGAACCGUUCAAUUUCUCCGUGAUAUCAAGGUCUUCUUCGGCACCGUCUUCAAUAUUACACCCGUAGAUUCCUCCAACACUGAGUUACUUUACUCGUGUCUUGGAACUGGCUACGUGAAUGUGAACCGGUCACUAGCGUAGCAAGCUGUUCAGUAAAAGUAUAUGUAUUCGUGCUCUAUAAUACCAUGCAAUGGACAUUCGUGUGCUAGA